UCUCGCCUCCGUGCUGCUGGUACUGAAGAAACAAACGCUCCAUUCUGUCGUCUUGUAUUUGUGUAGUCAAAAAAAAGCUCUAUUGUUCUCUUUGAUUAUUUUACGGUUUGGGGACAGAACCGGAGCACUUUCAACAAACGGCCCCGUCUCUGACCGGAGGAGCAGCUGCAGGAGCUCGGUGGAGGAGAGAGAGGCAGGCGGAGAGCGCCGAGCAUCGGCUGGAUGGAAUACAAAGGUAACGAGGCUCCUCUGUGAGCGGACUGCUUGUGUUUUCAGCGGAGACGGGAGGAAAUAUGUUUUUUUCUUUUUCCUUCGGAGAGCAGAGGAUGUGAAUCACCAGUAAGAGCGUGAUGGCCGAGCAGGACGCGCUCUGUUGAAGCAGCAUAGAGCAAAAUGUCCCCGGGUCCUGGUUUCAGGAGUGAAAGCAGAGUGGCUAUCCUUCGUUCCGCAGACUCCAUUACGCACCAGCUACUGCUGCUCCUAAAUGCGUUCAUUCCUGUUCCCGCUCUCUUCCCGUUCAUGCUGUGAGAGGAUGACUGGCUGGCGUUGAGGAGAACCAGUGUCGGCCCCUCGCUGGCUUCUGGAUCGCGUGUUCUUCCUGCGGCAGCACCACGGACAGCGACGAUGACUCGGCUGCGCAGGAAAGCUCUGGUUGCGCUUUUCCUCUUCACGCUUUUCAUUUUUGGGACCAUGAUGGGCCUGAGGACGCUGAAACCCAGCGACGGCUUUUCGGACCUGGCUCCUGGUAUGGACUUCAUCGGGGAGAGGUCAGAGAGGAGGAGGCUGGAUGUGAAAGACGUGGUGGUUUCCCCGGGUCAGUUCCACAUGAGCAGCAGCGACACGAAGGUGGUUUUCACCAGAUCGGACCGGGAGUACAGCAUAUUCUACGACGUUCACAUCUUCUACUACCUGUGGUACGGCUCUCCCAGCGUGGACAACAAGUACAUCCACUGGGAUCACGUGCUAGUGCCACACUGGGACCCAAAGAUCGCAGCCAGCCAUGCUCAAGGAAAGCACACGCCUCCGGAGGACAUUGCCUCGAGUUUCUACCCCGAGCUGGGACCCUACAGCUCGAGGGACCCGAAGGUGCUGGAGUCACAUAUGGCCCAGAUAGAAGCGGCCGCAGCGGGAGUGCUGGUUUUGUCCUGGUAUCCUCCCGGAGUGGGGGACGACCACGGGGAGCCCACAGAGGACCUCGUUCCUACCGUUAUGGACGCUGCCCACAGGCACAGCAUCAAGGUGGCUUUUCACAUACAGCCAUACAAGGGCCGGACGGACCAGAGCAUGUAUGACAACAUCAAAUACAUUAUUGACAAGUAUGGAAAACAUGGCGCCUUCUACAAAUUCAAGUCGAGCACCGGGCGAGUUCUGCCUCUGUUUUACAUCUACGACUCCUACCUGACACCGCCCGAGUCCUGGGCAGAACUUCUGACAGCUAAAGGCUCCCGCAGCAUUAGAGGCACGCCUUAUGAUGGGAUUUUUGUUGCACUCAUUGUCGAGGAGCGUCACAAAUACGACAUCCUAGCUAGCGGCUUUGACGGCAUGUACACAUACUUUGCCUCUAACGGCUUUUCGUUUGGCUCGUCUCACCAGAACUGGAAGGCCAUCAAGGCAUUCUGUGAUGCAAACAAUUUGCUGUUUAUCCCAAGCGUUGGUCCCGGGUAUGUGGAUACUGCCGUUCGACCGUGGAACAACCAUAACACCAGGAAUCGUGUUAACGGACGUUACUAUGAGACGUCGCUGCAGGCAGCUUUGUCUGUCCGUCCAGAAAUCGUCACCAUUACAUCCUUCAACCAGUGGCACGAAGGCACACAAAUAGAGAAGGCUACGCCCAAGAAAACUGUGACCCGUUUGUAUCUAGAUUAUCAGCCUAACCAACCAGACCACUACUUGGAGCUAACACGCCAGUGGGCUGAGAACUUUAACAAAGAGAAGGACAAGUGGCUGAUGUGAGCGUCAGCUGAGUGGACAGUCUGAGCAUCACUACAACACAAUGUUGAGCUCGCUGCCACACCUCUGUGUUCCUCCACUUAACUUUUUUUCCCCAAGUCUGAGCGCUCUACACAAAGUUUCCGCUCAACACUCUCUUCCUGUUUCGAUUGCCUGUCAUGUUUUGUACAUGUUAACAAUGACAUUCACAUGUUGAUGCUUCAGGGUCGCAGUGAUAAACAGCUAACACUGGUUUUGUGAGUAGUGUGGGGUCCUGACUACUAAAACCACAUGGAUGUGUACAGUAACUCUACUACUCUGUGAGGUUUAUGUUGUAUUUUCCAAUGCUCCAGACUGUUCUUUCCUGUCUUUCCAUGGUGACAAAUUAAACUGUGUGUCUGUUUAUAGUUGGACAAUCAGUCGCUGAUGUGAAAAAGGUCUAAGAAAGAUGUGAUGUGUAUAAGAUGCUCAGUCAUCGGCACAGUCCAGAUGUUUUUUUAAAUCCCCUAAUUUCUCACUCACACUGGAGUAAAGAAAAUAUGAGACCAGAAACUCUUUGUGACAGGGAAAAAUCAAGGAAUGCUUUGAGCUUUUGGUUGUCAGAGACCAACUGGUUAUCCAGAGCGUGCAACACCCCAAACUCUUGGUGAGCACAUGCGAUCGCCAGCUGAUUGCACUCACUGGCUGUCUUGUGGUAGUCAGUGCGUCUCCAAAUAAUUGCCAUCUAAAAUAUAAAUGCAGAUAGACUGCAAGCACAUUGCAAUCAACCCGAGUUCACUGCAAAUGCAAAUGCAACUCAUGCGCAACACAUCUUUACAUUAGGGAUUUGCACAGACCUGGUCUCAGUGUUCAAAGCAACAGCAUCAUAGGUUUGCUGCACAGAGGGCGAUCAUUUUGGUCUCCAGCCACCGUUUUCCUCAGUGUGACUGUAGCAUAACAACUAAAAAGCUCUGAAUAUUUCACUGUUUUCUGUGUGUUGUCUGUUCCUGCUGCUCUGAAGUGGCCAAAGAUGAGUCAUCAAAGGUUCAUUACUAACAUCUCAGAACUAUCGAUGUAUACUUUUGGAGUGAAUUUGACAGCUGGGAAAUGCUUUAGCUGCCUGAGUUUAGAUGGGCGUCCAGCCUGUCACUGAGUCAACAGUCACUACAAGAAAGUGUCCUGUCCUAAUGGGCUUUCUGAAAAAGAUGCUUCAAAGUUCUGAUUACAGAGUUCUAUAAGUCCCCCCCCCCCCAAUAUAUUUGUCACAGUGUACUGGAGUGAUACUGGAGUGAACUGGGGAUCUUUUGCUUCUUAGGCAGAUGUGUAAAACACUGCACUAUGGAGCCACUAUCAGUAGUGAUACACUCAUAACAACAUAUCAGAGCUGGUCCUCGACCAAUGGCCACUUCAUUCAUGUACGUCCAUCAGUUAAAUGUAAGGUCAGGG